AAAUAGCUCAAACUCCCAGACGACUACUUCCGUUCUACAUUUUGUAAACAGAAGAAUCGGGACAGAAAAACAAGUUGGUUGAUCGGUUUCAGUUUGUGCCACUAGCUAUGUAUUUGUUUCAUGAUUAUUCACAUUAACGACGCGGAAGGUGUAGUCGGUCAAAACCGUGGUUCUUCUUUACCUCCUCGGAAAGAAAGACGACAAAGAAAAAAGCUAGCUAGCAGGAGGAGCGUCCUUCUUCAUGCUGCUUCCACUUCAAUGGGGAACUGUCUGUUUUCACAAGGAGCAGAUGAUCUGUCGCUGCUGAACGAGUCUGAGGGGGGCAGCCUGCCCGGAGAACCGCCGCCGCCCUACCAGGCGCGCCCUCAGCCUUUGCCGGUGUACCAUCCCACCCCUGGAGAGAGCCGUCUAGCCAGUCAGCUGACCGAGGAGGAGCAGGUCCGCAUCGCCCAACGUAUCGGCCUCAUCCAUCACCUGCCCAGAGGCAUCUUUGACCCGGGCUCUGAUCCUUCAGACCGCAAAGUGAAGGAGUGUGUGAUCUGCAUGAUGGAUUUUGAGUACGGGGACCCCGUCCGGUUCUUGCCCUGCCUCCACAUCUACCACAUUGACUGCAUCGAUGCCUGGCUCAUGCGCUCCUUCACCUGCCCCUCCUGCAUGGAGCCCGUGGACGCGGCGCUGCUCGCCACGUACGAAGCCAACUGAGUGGGCGCGGGUGUGGUGUUCCUGCUUUGAAGUAAUUGCACCUUUUCUUAGUCCAAACUGUCCUAGCUGCUCCAGGUCAUGUGACGUGAAGCACAUGUUCUAGGAAGCGUAGAGAAACUGUACAUUACAGUUAUUUCUUGGCUCUAAUUGGUCGGGGACGCUUUGGACAGUGUGGCAAAUCAAGCGAAGUAGCAGCAGAAUAUUUCCUUAAAUUUGACAUUUAUAAAGCUGACACUCGCGCUGUUAGUGCUUCUUUACGUCUAGUUAAGAAGUCACCAAUGUCACUGAUGUCAUGUGCAAUGUCAUAGAUACAGUUGGCUCGGGAUGUCCAAACUGCAGCCCACGGCUUGUCUUUUUAUUGGCUCUCAUUAGAUGUUACUCACUUUCGUUAUCACACAUAACACAAAACCACGUCAUGUUUUCUUCAGAUAGCUUAGCAUAUAGUGACAAACACUGGAUCGCUUUUAGUGUCUUUAAGGUACCAACAAAAUGCAUCCAAAUGCCUGCAUCCGUAGAUUUUUCUGCAUGCGGCCCUUGAUGGAAAAGUUUGGACACCCCUGAUUUAAGUCUUGUAAUGAACCCUUGAAAAGGAAGUUAAUUGAUUAAAAGUGUCCUGAUACUGGCAUGCCAUAAACGAUGUGAAGAGCACAAUAGAAUCAAAUGUUUUGUGUUUCACCUUUGAAAUCAGGGGAGAACAAACUUUGGGCUCAGAGGUCACAUUUGCUUUUUGAAACUAACAAAACUGGCAAAACAAUAACUCGUCUGCUUGUUGAAUACAGUAGUGUAUGUUUAGUCUCUUAUUUUCAGGCAAGUGAUUUUGCUAAAUAGCAAUAUUUGUCUAUAAAUAGGAAACUGAACAUAUACUGUAAAUGUACUGAUUAUUAUGGAAUUAAUUGCAAACUAAAAACAGCAAAAAAUAAUGCAACACAUUUUUAUAUAAUAAGGAUGAGGAUGCGGUGCAAUAAAUGGGUCACACUAAACAACACAACAGGCCGUACUUUGCCCACCCCUGUUUUUUUUUAAGUAUUAGAGCCACAUGGAAAAGAAAAGUAAUGAUAGAAUAAAGUCAAAAUGGUAUGAGGAUAAUGAAUUUAUUUUCAAUAAUAAAUUGUUGCUGCAUGGUGUCCUAGUGGUGAGGAUGUUGGCCACACAGUCAGGCGAUCUGGAAAAUCUCUGUGUGGAGUUUGCAUGUUCUCUCCGUGUAUGCGUGGGUUUUCUCCAAGUACUCCCACAUUCCAAAAACAUGCUAGGUUUUUUUUAAUUUAAUUUUUUUAAUUGGCGACUCCAAAUUGUCCAUAGGUAUGAAUGUGAGUGUGAAUGGUUGUUUGUCUAUAUGUGCCCUGUGAUUGGCUGGCCACCAGUCCAGGGUGUACCCCGCCUCUCGCACAAAGACGGCUGGGAUAGGCUCCAGCAUACCCCGCAACCCUCGUGAGGAUAAGCGGUAGAAAAUGAAUGAAUGAAUAAACUAUUGGAACCUAUGAAGAUUUGCCAUGGCAAUAUUGCGAUUUGAUUCUCUUAAUGUAUUGUCACGAUACAACAUAUUUUUCAUUAUUUUGGAAUAGUAAUUCCCCUUCAAUGUGGCUCUAAUACGCCUUUGUAUAACGAUUAUUGGGAUCGGUUAAGUUAUCUUGUAGUAUUGUGUAGAGGGAUUUGAGUUUGCUUAUGUGUCUGUGUGUUUUGAAACAAUGUUUGGACUGUUUUGCCUUCAUGUUCCACAGUGAGAACAACAUCACCAUUUGUUAGUCUGCUUUCUGCCAACAGUAGAGUUGAAUGUAAGCAUCAGUGACAUCUUUGUAUUUCCUCCGGCUGCCGUGCCUUGUUUUUUGGGAAGUUGAAGAUUCUUGUGACGUACAAUCAUGUCGGCUGUGUUGUUUUUUUAGUAAUAUUCCACUAGGGGGAGCCAGACACCAGCACUCUUGUUUGUGUCACCGUAAAAUAGGUCCGAGUUUUUUUUGUUUUGUUUGUUUGCCCACCCCGGCUAAUGCUGCUGCUCAGAGUAAUUUUUCUGUUUAAUUUAUAUGUUAUUUUGGAAGCUUGUUUAACCAUUAUUAAAGCUGAUAAUGAGUUAA